AGGAGCUGAGCUUAGCUUUCUGGUCUACCCUUCCCCCUGUAUUUGUGAGUACUUGUUUUCCCUGCUUGCUGGACUGCAGCAGUGAUUUUUGGUUCGUACUUUUUGAUUUGUAUGCAGCUUGGUUCUCAACAGCUACUUUUGUUUGUUAGUUCUGUUCUGCUCGUUAUUCAGCAGUGUCUUUUGUUAGCUUAGUAUUUUUUUCUCCUGCUACAUCCGUGUUUUGCAGCGUCCUUAGACAUUUUUGUUUAUAGUAUUUUUUCCCACGGCUAUGCCUGGAGUUUAUGUUGUACAUUCUACCUUUUGGAAUUUUUGUUCCUGUUAUAUUUUUGGUGUGGACUUUAAUACAUUUUUGUUACACAGACACUAGUCUCUUCUCUGCAUCUUGGGAUGCUAAUUAUUGGCCACACGCCGCCCGUGACAUACUAGCUACUUUCCCCAAAAAGUGUUGAAUUGGUUAUGGAAUUGACUGCUUCAUAAACGUUAACUAGUGAAAAGCACUGUUAUUUUUAAAGCAGUUAUUCCCAACACUGCUCAGUACAUACAAUCACUUGAGCAAAAUAGGGUCAAUAAUGCAAAAUAAGUCAGCAAAAGCUACAAUUGGCUCUCAUUCACAUCCUUUGGCUUUCUGCCCCCAAAGCCCUCCUGUGUCCAAGAACUUAUUCCCUGGCUUUGUAAACAAUGUACAAAUAUAACAAUAUCAACUAUUUUAAGAAUAUGGACAACACAGAAAAUAAACACUGAAGCUAACUGAAAAAUAUCGAUCCUAUUGCGUUGGGAUCGAUACUAUACCCAUGCUACCAUUGAUAUCGACUUUACCGAUAUUUGUGUGAAUCCGCCCACCUCUCGACUCAACCAAGGAGAUCUGCGAGCUGAUUGUGAAGCGUGCAAACCAUCAAAAUGUUUUAAAUUAAAUGUAUUAAAACCAAGCUAAUUCUAUUGCAGGUUGCAGGGAACAUUUAUAUCAUUUUCUCACAUUUGUAAAGUAUAUCGACGCCGUCGUCACCAAAACGUAGCAAUUUGCUAUUUGCCUUUGGCGGACCAUCGUAGUAGCGCGUACGCGCGUUGAAACGAGCGCGGCCAAAUACGUCAUGAAGACUUAUGACGUUGUACCACGUGAAGGCUUAAAAAAACGUCCUACGCAUCCAUUUUUCUUGGAUGUUUUGAGAAAAUGCAUAUAUUAUAAAUAGCACAUUUGAUUAGUUUCUGCUUAUCCUGCAUGAUGGCUAAAAAUGGAACUUACGUGUUCUCCAGUCGGCCCAGGCCUGUUGAGAGCCGAUCCAAACUUGCUGGGUCGCCCACAGAACAACCCCAGUAUGGGAAUAUCAUGUACGAUCGACGUGUCAUCAGGGGGAGCAGCCGUGGCCAGCACAUGCUGCCAGCGAAGGCAGCAGCGCAGGCUGCCGACAUCCAGCAACAGCAUGGAUUUCGCAGGAGGUCUAUGGACGUCAUGAGGUCCAGGGACCAUGUGUGGUUCAAGACUGGUGACACCCUGUAUGGUAGAAAACACGUGGACGUGCAAACCGACUCGUAUCUGGAGGAGCUGAGUCUCAUUUUGGUGACUAAAGAUAUCGACUCCCAAACUGAUAGUUUCCUCGACAGACCUGCAAGUCCGCUCUUCAUCCCUGCCAAAUCCGGCGAUGAUGUCGCUACGCAAAUCGAGGAGGGGGAUCUGUUUGACUUUGACAGGGAGGUGCAGCCAAUGUUGGAAGUCCUGGUGGGGAAGACCAUUGAGCAGUCUCUCCUGGAGGUGUUGGAGGAGGAGGAACUGGCCUGCUUGAGGGCCCAGCAGAGGGCCUUUGAGCAGCUGAGAAAUGCUGAGUUGGCGGAACUGCAGCGGCUGCAGGAGCAGGAGCGGCGGCGCACCGAGGAGAAGGAGUGCAGGAUUGCCCAGCAGAAAGAGACUGUUAGGAAAGAAAAAGAGACGGCAGAGAUGAUUGCCGCCCGGGCUUGCGCCCAGCAGUUUUUGUCCAAACUUUUCCCUGCGGUCUUUGCCUCCCUGAGGCGACACGGCUACUUCUACGACCCUGUGGAGCGAGACAUCGAGACCAACUUCUUCCAGUGGCUGAUGGCUGAGGUCAGCAACACUCUGGAGAAGAGGAACUCAGCUAGGCUGUUGCUGGACAACAUCAUCCAUGAUAUCGCCGUGAAGAGGCAAGAGUUCUUUGGUGACCUGGAGACGGUCAUGGACAAAAGUGUACAUUUGGAAACUAUAUAGAUUCAAGGAAUCUGAUGUUCAAAAAUGUGUUUUUCUUAACACGGAAUGUCAAAUUAAAGUUAAAAUAAGAUGAAUACCAUGAACUGUACAGUAACACAACUUCUAAAUGCAGAUUUUAACACUAUUAGAGCCCUCUAGACAUGGAAUAUUAUUUGAUGUCUGGGUGUGGUGUUAUUGGUAUAAAUAUAUUUAUGUAGUCACCUUUGCACAGCUGGGAUAGGCUCCAGCAUACCCCUGCAACCCUAAGAGGACAAGCGGCAUAGAAAAUGGAUAGGCACCUUUGCAGUUGUAUUACACAUUUUAGUAGACAUAUGAAGAUUAAAUAAGACAUUUAAGACAUAAAUUAAUCUUUAUGUUGCCGUAAAUGUUUUACUAUGCUUGGGAGUUGGAGGGGG